CCUGCAGUACCACAAACGGCCCGCGGUGGCGCCAGUGAGCCCGCGUACACGCACACACACAUACUACUCCUCUCCGCUAAAGAUGUGAAAAUGGCGGAGCUACAAAUGCUUCUGGAAGAGGAGAUUCCAGCAGGACGAAGCGCACUACUAGACAGUUUCACCAAUUUGGAAAGAGUCGCGGAAUACUGCGAGAGCAACUAUGUGCAGUCUCCAGACAAGCAACGGGCGCUGGAGGAGACCAAGAACUACACCACCCAGUCUCUUGCCAGCGUAGCCUACCUGAUCAAUACGCUGGCCAACAAUGUCCUGCAGAUGCUCGACAUCCAGGCCUCGCAGCUCCGCCGCAUGGAGUCCUCCAUCAACCACAUCUCGCAGACGGUGGACAUCCACAAAGAGAAGGUAGCCCGGCGGGAGAUUGGCAUCCUCACCACCAACAAGAACACCUCCCGCACGCACAAGAUCAUCGCACCAGCCAAUCCCGAGAGGCCUGUGCGCUACAUCCGCAAGCCCAUCGACUACAGCUUGCUAGACGACAUGGGCCACGGCGUCAAGGCCAGUGCUCAGAACAUGAAGACCGGAGGAGGAGGCGGACUCCCUCGCACCAACCCCCCCACACAGAAGCCCCCCAGCCCGCCCAUGUCAGGGAAAGGGACCCUUGGGCGCAACUCCCCCUAUAGGACGCUUGAGCCGGUGCGUCCACCCGUUGUCCCUAACGACUACGUCUCGAGCCCGACGCGCAACAUGCCGCACCCCCAGCAGAGCCCUGCACGCACUGCAUCCGUUAAUCAGAGGAACCGCACGUACAGCAGUGGGAGCAGCGGAGGCAGCCACCCCAGCAGCAGUCGCAGCAGCAGCCGAGAGAACAGCGGUAGCGGCAGCGUGGGCGUGCCCAUCGCUGUGCCGACCCCGGCCCCGCCCUCCGCCUUCCCAGCCCCUGCCUCAUCUAACCCAGCUAAACCUCCCCCGAACACUUCCGCUACCCCUGGACCCCCCAUCUCUGCCCUAGACGGCCCCCCACAGGCCCCUAAUCCACCUGUAGAGAUCCCGCCUGUACCCCCGCCCCCUCCCCAGCUCCCUGCCUCUGCAGCCCCUACUGGCACAGGCCCCGCUUCUUACGGCAACCCUGCACAAGGUGCUCCUCAGUUCUACAGCAUGAACCGCCCAGUGCAGCAGCCCCAAAACCAGCAGGUGGGAGGUUCGCUGCCGUACCGCCGACCCUCGUCCGUCACCGGUCAGCCCAACAUGGCCCACAACCAGAGCCAGCUCAAUGGUGGACCACACUUCGCCCAGAACCAAGCCGGCCCGCUCGCGCCCCCUCCCCCCUCCAUGCAGAUCACCCCUCAGCUGCCUCUGAUGGGCUUUGUGGCCCGAGUUCAGGAGACUAUCUCAGACGUGCCGCCCCCACCUCCACCCGCCGAGGAGCCGGUGUUUGAGGAGCCUACACCUCCCCCUCCACCGCCCGAGGACUACGAGGACGAUGAAGAUGAAGAAGAGUCGGCGGUGGUGGAGUACAGUGACCCCUACGCCGAGGAGGACCCGCCCUGGGCCCCACGUAACUACCUGGAGAAAGUGGUCGCCAUCUACGACUACACUCGAGACAAGGAGGACGAGCUUUCGUUCCAGGAGGGCGCCAUCAUCUACGUGAUCAAGAAGAACGACGACGGCUGGUACGAGGGCGUGAUGAACGGGACCACGGGUCUCUUCCCCGGCAACUACGUGGAGUCCAUCAUGCACUACGCCGACUGAACAGUCCCUCCCUCCUGAGCAGAUGUGGAAGAGGAGCGGGAGGAGCGUUUGAUAGGGAAGGGAGGGGUGAGGGAGGGGAGCCGAGGGUUAAAGUUCAAAGACUUUGAUCAGACAGCAUGAUCACCUCUGGGCGAGAAGAGAAAAGAGAGAUGGGGUGGGGGGAGAGAAAGCAGUUUUUAAUGAAGUUGCAACAUGACAAACUGAUGCCCAGUCGCUCUCUCGACAGGCGCCAUUGUAAAACAACCACUACUCUAGAUAUAUCCUUCCCUCUAAUGUUUCUUUCUUUGAUUCUUUAACUGAGGAGGAUGGGACGGUGAUGGAUUUAUUGUAUUUUGAGAGUUUUGUGUUACAUUAUGAGGCCACUACAUUGAUUUUGCUUCUUCUUUUUGUUUUUUUGUUUGUUUGUUUUGACCAGUUUGCCCUUAUUUGAAACAAUAUUUAUUUGGAUUUUGUAGUGGGCUAACGUUGAGCAGGCAGAUGAGGCUGCUGAGAGGGAUCUCCUCGUGGCGGCCUCGGAGAAAGGGCUGGAGGAGAAUGCCUUCAUGUGUAGACUUUUCUCCUUAACACUCCAGAGACAUUUUUAGAGAAAAAUACUCCUCUCUCUAUAUAUAAAGUAUAAUGCAACAACACUAUCCUCGGUGGGCAGGAAGGUGGGAGGGGGGGUACAGUAGUUUCCAUACUUGACAAAGUAUUUGGUAUUGGUUAUUUGGGUACCUCAGCAGCGAGUGUGCCAAAGCUGACAUUCACUUAGAGAAGCACAUCAGUUGUCUUAAGGUGACACACGAAGCUCGAUAAAAGCGGGUCAGAAAAGACGUUUGAGAGCAAACGGAGUGCUUUAAAUGCAGAUAUUCUUUUUCGUUAUUGCUAAUUUGAUCUUGAGCCUUUUGCGCCACCUCAAAGGGGCAAGUUAGAUCACUACACGCUUCACUUUGCUGGCCAGUGUGCAUUUUUCAGGGGGCGGAAGCGUCAUCCAGACCUCGAAUAAGAGAGGAAAGCGACAUCCUCAACUGCACAAUGACCUGGAUUUUGAAGUCUUACUUUGCAGCUCCUGUCACGAAUAAUAGAAGUUUAUUAGCUCGACUGGUGAGGCUAAUCAUUUGCAGUGUUCAUAUGCAUUCGAGACCAAGACUUUUUUUUAUUUUAUUAUUUCUGGCGUUUCACCCAAGGGGUCCAGGAUCGAGUUUUGCUUUCAGAGCCGGCGCGUUUCGAUGAGGGAGGGGUGGGAGCGUUUUCUUUUCUGCUGUAAUGAUGGUUAAUGUCUUAAUAUUUUUAGAUAUGGUGUGGUUUGGUUUUUGAUAUUCACCCACGACGACGAUGCAUUUAGGUCAUUUCUAAGAUGCUUGUGCCAUAUUGAAGUGUGUGUUGCUGUUCAGAGGUUAUCACUUCAUUUGCAAUAAAUUGGCCAGGGUGGGGUGGAGUGUCGUUAACCUGCAAAUCUUCAUUUUCUUUCUCUCUCUUUUUCCCAAAUUGUUUGAAAUCAAAAGCACAUACAUUUGUAGUCAAAAGGUGUAGAAGAAGAAAUAAUAAUUAAUUGUGAGCUGUAUUAUGUCCUAAAACGGGACUUACUGAUUAUGAAAAGAAACCAGCUGUUGUGUUGAAAUGGUUUUAACCGUCGCAAGCCCCCAAUACUUCUCAACGCCGUCGGUUUAGGCGUCGUUCGUCCUCCGUAAAGUUUCCAAUACGCUUGGCUGUUGGGUGUUUGCGAGGGCUCAGUGCUUGUACUUAUGUCAGAAUCUUUAUUUUCUAUUAAAAAAAAAAAGAAAAAGAAAUAAUAACAAGUGGGUCUGUAUGUGAGUCUUGCAUGCCAUUGUUCUUAUCUGUACUGGUGUCCAGAAAACCCUUUUUUGUGGCGAGAUCACCCAUUCUAAAAAGACAAGCAGCCCUGCAGCUCUGACCAGGUACCACCAGCCUCAUCCAAAGAGACUGUACGACUUAAUUCAAGCCCACGUCCGAGGAGUCGCUCUCUGACCUGUGGGGAGGAGGGAAAGGAGGGGAGGCACCUGACUUCCUCCCCUCCUGACAGUAGCCGUCUUUACAUCAGUGGUGGGGGGAAAAAAUAAUCUUAUGUAAGCUGCUAGUGAAUCCUGCAGACAAAGAAACCCAACAGGCCAGAGGCGAACGGGGAUAAAUGAUCCACUGUCUGCAAAGCUCGACUUUUGUUUUUGUAACACUCACAAGAUGACACUAAAACAAAUAAAUGAGGCCCUUUGGUUUGGUGUGCAGGAUUCACAGCUCCCUGGAGUCACAGACGUCUCUCAGGAUGUCAAGUUUAACAGUCCAUAAUGCCAUUGUGUUGCACAGUUAAAGUUGAAUUGCAGAAGUAUCAUAUUUGUAAAAUCAUGAGAACAAAGAAUAAAAUUAUUAAGAUUUA